GGGAACCCCAUCCCCACUUCUUUAUGGGGUCAAGGAGCACUGAAGAGGGCAAUCUUACAGGGUAAGGAACUGGGGGACCCUCAACCCCCCCCCAAACCCCCUGCAGGGUCAGCGGGGGGCAGACAGGGGGCACAACUCCCCCUUGUUGACCCCAAAUGCCCUAUUUUGGGGUCUGGGGGGGCGCAGAUCCGCUUCAUCCUGAUCCAGAACCGCGCGGGGAAGACGCGCCUGGCCAAGUGGUACAUGCAGUUCGACGACGACGAGAAGCAGAAGCUCAUCGAGGAGGUUCACGCCGUCGUCACCGUGCGCGAUGCCAAGCACACCAACUUCGUCGAGUUCCGCAACUUUAAGAUCAUUUACCGGCGUUACGCUGGCCUUUAUUUCUGCAUCUGCGUCGACGUCACCGACAACAACCUGGCCUACCUGGAAGCCAUCCACAACUUCGUGGAGGUCCUCAAUGAGUAUUUUCACAACGUGUGCGAGCUCGAUUUGGUCUUCAAUUUCUACAAGGUGAGGAGAAGAGAGGGG